GUGACAAAGAGCGACAAAGAUUAUUAUUAAGUUGAGCGUCCUGUUUGCUGGCAGUCUUCAUAUCACCUGUCCCGCACCUUCCACACAGUAUAAUUCAAAGUAGAGCAUGUCGACGCAGAGGCUUCGAAUUCCUCGAAAUCGACCCUGUGAAGAAUGCAGAGAGCAUCGUCGAAAAUGUUCUGUACAGGAAGGCGAAUCUCGAUGUAGUCGAUGUAUAAAGCGAAAUUUGAAUUGUAUUUUCAAGGUCUAUCGGCCCUCAAAGGGCCACAAUAAGGAUGACGUUGAUCAAAGCGUUUUGGGAAUACAAAGCAAUGUUACAUAUCUUGAACAGCAAGUAUACGAACUAGAGCUUGCUUUACGAGAGGCUAGAGCAUCUUUAAAUAUCUCUCCAAUUGAUACGCCUGUUAAACAAGAGCAAACCCAGUUCUUGCCAUCGCCAUCGAGUGAACAUACUCUUCAAUCCUAUAGCGAGCAAUAUAUAUCACCGCAAUUCAGUUAUGACGGUAUGCUGGACGGUUCUACCAGCUCAUUUGAUUCGACCAGUAAAUGUGAAGACUUGCACACUGCGGUAACGCCGUAUCAUAGUAGUUUUACCGACAAUUAUAUCUACAAUACCCUAUCAGACAUCACGACAUCCAGCCCAAACUUGUCGACUUGCUCGCCGUCAAGCCAAGACCUUGUGCUGUUUUCACAAACAUCAACAAGUGCUGGAGAUGAACAAAAGAAGGAGGACCAUACAUGGAGUAUUUCUAUGACCAAAGAUGGCCUGACCAUCAACACUAAUGUAAAGACUGUUCGAGACUUGGUUUCGUGGGGAUUGGAGGCAAUCAAAGUCCUCAACCUAGAUGCAUCAGUACAGCCAUAUCCAAUCAGCUUGUCAGAGUACAGUGGCAACAUCAACUUAUCGGUUACAAGCAAACUAUUGGGAGUUCAUGAGCUUUAUGCAAAAGUGAUUCGAAAUGGUCCAAAAACGUUAACAUUCGAUACAGGAGUCCCGCCGCGACCACCUCUUUUGGCAACAACCCCUUACCAAGUCAUUACCAAGCUGCUCGAUACCUAUUUCAGUUGUCACAAUAAGCAGAUGCAAAUUCUAUAUCAACCGGCUUUUUUGGAAGACUUCCAUAAUCGAAGUGAUAUAUUUUCAUCACCAGUGAUUAUGGCAGUAUGCUCCUAUGUGUGUUUGAGGCAUUGUAGACAUACGCCAAAUUACUCUGCACAAGAACUUCGAGAAAUGGGAGAGUUCUUUUAUAGCCUUGCAAGAGAACUUCUUGAAGAUAUCUUUGACGAACCAGAGCAUCGAGAAGAAGCAAUGACCACGCUGAUUUUCAUUGGUAUGUUCCGACUUCAAACUCUUCGGGCUUCUGAAGCAUUUACUGCCUUCACCUUGGCUUAUACAAUUACACUGGAUAUGUACGACGAAAGAAUGAGCACACCAGUGGUUGAUGAACAAUCUUGGAUACAACGUGAAAUCUUUAAGAGACAAUGUUUCUAUGUCACUCUUAUGGAGCACCACGUAUACCACCUUGCUGAGAAGAGUUUCAAGGAAUUUAAAUUUCUAUUUGCGGGCGAAAGUUUGGAGCCAUUGCCUAAUGAAGAGCCAGAUAUGGUGAAGUUAAUCCAAUUGAAAAACAUCUUCAUGAACUGGCUCAGCAACGAAAAGAUGAUCAAUGCAAGGAGGGAAAUUUAUGACCUAGACACGUCAGAUGUUCCCGGCACACUUUCGCUACAGAAAUACUUUGAGUAUGAGGAAAUGAUGAUUCAAAUUUGGAGCACCUUACCGAUGGACUUCAAAAUUGUUGAGCACCCUGAUAUGGACGUAACGGAUGAGCAAGUGAUCAAUGCUGAUCGAGCUCAGUUGCAAACGUUUAUCGUCGUUCAUACCUGGUAUAUUCUGCUCAAUGCGCUGUUUCUACCAAAGCAAAUAUUUUCGAGAAUGCAAGAAGAACAUGACCCUGGAGAAGGAACUUCCUCUGGUCAAACGGAAUUCGCCAAUAUGUUUGUGCAAAGCAUAUGGGCAAGAUCUUUAGACAGAUGUUUGAAAAGUUCGUUGAUCGUCAUCAAACUUGCUGAGCAACAGAUUAACCAUAAUAUUUGCCGUUUUGAGCCCCUUUACCUGCUUCUGAUUAUCGACUUGAGUAUGCGGUUAGCAAAGGCAGAAAUACGACCCGAUAUCGCACAGACUGGUCGGCAACAUCUCGAAAGAUGUGUCAAUAUACUCAAGGCCAGUAUGUUUGCACCAAUGCAUGGUGUGCUACUCGAGGAAGGCAAAACGAUAGCCCAUAUGGAUUACGAGCCUCCUCCGAUCGCACAAGGUCUCAAGGAGCAAAUAGAAAAGAUGCUUAUGCCUUUUGGACUUAGUGUAUGAUUUGUGCACGUCUGUAUUCUUGUAGUCAACACACCGGUUUUAGAUGUACAUGUCUUGUUUAUUUUGUAAUUUUGUUAAUUUUUCUUUUUAUACUUUUGUUCUCUCGCUUUCUGCUACGUUAUCUUUGAAAGAAUAAAAACCCCCCAACGAGAGGUUCAAACUGUUGUUUUGUCUAAAUUGCAAAAAUCCUUAGGUGGUGUUGUUUGUGGAUAAAACACAC